UUUUUGAGUCAAUGACUGACAAAAUGUCUUCUCCAAAUUUAAAAAUUGAGAAAUCAGCACUUUAAGUCCUAACUCUAUACCAUUUUAGUGCAUGUAUUAGUUUUCAUAAUGAUUUUUGGUGCAUGCCUUUGGGCUUCUUCAAAAGUGUAUAAUAGGAAAGUAUAUUUCCUUUCUUAGAAAGGAGAUUUUUUUUCUACUUUGCAACUUGUGAUUACAAAAAUCUUCCUCUGUGGGAAGAUUAACCAUGUAUUGAACUACUGAAAAGUAUAUAUUUUUAGAUAUACAGAAGGAAUCUACAUGGAGCAGCAUUCAGACCUAUAUAGAAGUCAUAGCAUUCUGUAUAGGACCAAAAAGGAAAUAACAUUAAACACUUAAACAGACUUUGUUGGGUAGAAAUACCUUUAGAUCUUGCAUUGACUUCCAAAAACAAAAUACCACAGAAGUUUGCUGAAAACUUUUGUUGUUUGAAUUUUCUCUGUCAGUGUAUUUAGCCCAAAUACAACAGCUUUGGGUUAAACACAUACAUAAGAAUAAAAAAAACAAAGCUAACUAAAUAGAUCAGUCUGGUUUGUCAAUCCAGCUUGACUGAAAUAAGUAAACUAAUCACUUGGAACAUGAAAAACUGUCCAACUCCUCUAAGGUUUUUAACAAAAUAACCUUGGCUGAUGUGGGAAGAUACCCACUUUGAUUUCUGACCUGACAGUGAAGAUUCAUGCUUGACAUGAUUUCAAACCUGACAGUGUCUGUUUAAGGAGCUAUGGUACAGUUUGCUAAUUCAAUCCCAGAUACCUGUUGAUUACCUGUGAGAUCUAGAGUCCAAAGUAGCCAGCAGCCAUAUCCCUGAGUGCUCUGUGCCCAUCAGAUCUCUUAAAGUAAGCAGGGUUGGGACAGGUCACAGCUCAGAUGAGUGACCUCAGGUGCUGUGGACAGCCCCAGAUUCAAGAAUUGUAUCUGUUUUCUUGGGAGUCAUCACUGAACUAAUGUCCCACAUGGUAUUACUUACUGUAGAUGCUCUCUCAGAGGAGGCCCAGAGCACACAUCCUAAUCGCUUGUGGUACUCAGAGAGGGGGUGCUAACUCUGAGGCCCUGGCCAAAUUCCAGUUUAGGGAUGUGGGUCUUCUUCUUGCCAUUCUAAUUGGAAAUUGCAUCGCUUCCUAUUUUCCCUGUUGACCUCAGUGCAAACUGCAUUAGUCUGUUUCUUUGCCCUGGUCCCAAGUAAGAUGCUGGUGUGUAUUAUAUGGGCCACGCUCAUGCCUUAUCUUAAUGCACAAGAGUUGAGGAAUGAGUAAGCUCCAUAUCAAAGUGCCCUGUCGUUAGAGGGGAACUCUUGUGAUGCUUUGGAGGUGAAAUGGGCCCUUUUAGACUGUUGGAGAAUAUGCACUGGCCGGAGCCUUCCAGCCACGAGGUGUGAAUUGAAACCUAUUUCCCUCUUCUCUUAUAGCAUGUUGAGAAAAUCUGUUGGGUUUUCAGCAGUCAGGGAAGGCCGGAGUUCUGCAGCUUUAAUCUGGGUAACUGAGGCUGGUUGGGUCAAGACUUUGGUUAAUUAACUGGGUUCUCAGAUGCCACAGACUCCGUGAAAAGUCACCAUUAUUUUCAAUGGUUGUGAUAGAAUUUCCCCCCAGUAGCCAUUAUUUUAAGAUUAUAUUGCAGAGUUGCUUUAUUUGAGCUUUUCAUGUAUACACAAUCCCAAACUGGAAGAAAUAAUUUAAAAAAAAAAAAAGGAAUCCUGCUGUGAAAGGUAUAUAUUACUCUAGAUUUUUCUUACUGUAAAUAUUGUAAGAUUGUAAUACUGUCGAUAUUUUAUUAACCAACAAAUGUUAAUCUAUGUGAAUUCAGACUUAUUUUAAAUGUGCUUCUUAUUUACUGUGUGUGGUCCCUGUUGCUGACAGUAUUAAGUUAUAUUCUGAUGUAAGAUUAACUUUAUUAAAGAAUGUAAACAUUAAUGUUUCCUUAUGGGAAAACAAAUAAAGUAUAAAGAAGACAAUUCUUUUCAUUAAAAUAUACUGUGUAUUUACACUUGCUAGACCCAGCACCACUUAUAAAUUUAGUACACUGUUCAGAAUUUUAGUUAACACGGCUGACAUGGUUGUGCUCUGUUUGAAAGUCUAAGAGUAGGUAUUGUUGGAAUAUAAAGUUUGUAUUUGUCUGCUGUGAAUCAUAAUCUUGAAAUUUCUAAUCAAGUUUGUAAAAUUUUUAUAGUAAAACAUUUUAAUGACAAUUUAAAAAUUUACUUCUCUAAAGAAUGGUCAAAACAGUAUCCUUUCAAAAAUAGAAUUAUUCUUUAAUAUCUUUCCAAACUGACUUUGGUUAAAUGGACCAGAUGUAUAUUAGUUAAAAUUUAGGACAAAGUUGUGAUAUUCUUUGCGUUUACAAGUUAAUCCUUAUUGGAAAUGUGCCAAUUAUACAGUAGAAUAUCAUUAAUUUGCACUGUUUGGGGACCCCAUUAAGAAUGCUGAAUUUUGCCAACUAAGAAGUAAGCAAAUGCAAUUUAAAAAGUAAAUUUGAGCAUUCUGUAUUAAAUAUGUGCAGUUAUUAUCACAUGAAGAAGCGCAGUGUGUCGGGCUGUAAUAUAACCAUACUUGCUGUCAUGUUCUCCCAUCUCAGUGCUGGGAACUCACCAUGUGGAAACCAAGCAAAUGUGUUGUGCAUCAGCCGGCUUGAGUUUGUUCAAUAUCAAAGCUGAAACUAGCGAGGUCUGCUGUACUGCUUAUUGAAGUAUUGUGAUUCUUUUAGGCAUUGAUUCUUACAAAAUAUAUACUGUAACAGUAUACUUUGUACAGAUUUAAAUUUUAUUUGAAAAAAUGAAAUAAAGUAGGCAAAAAAAUAAAGAUGUUUAUUUUUCAUGUGA